GGGCAGCGCGGAGCUCUCAAAACCGCCCGAGCGCGGAGCCGCCGGUGCCCGGUGCGCUCCCGGUGCGCUCCCCGGGGCUGACCCCGCCAUGUCCCCGGGCGAGUGACACAAGCGACAGCGGCGACUCGCUGUGGUGCCCAGAUGCCCCAGAGCUGCGCCAAGCCCUCGGACAUGGCCGAGCUCGUCAGCAGCCAGGCCUGGAUGGGCGAAAUGCCGGCAGCCAAGGCCGAGCUGAAGGAGCAGGGGGACGCCAGGAGCGCUCCCUUCGCGCUGCUGCCGGCCCUGCCCGAGGAGCGCGACAGCGCCGAGGAGGAGGAGGAGGAGGAGGAAGAGGAGGGCGAGAAGCCCAAGAGGAGGGGCCCGAAGAAGAAGAAGAUGACCAAGGCCAGGCUGGAGCGGUUCCGGGCGCGGCGGGUCAAGGCCAACGCCCGGGAGCGCACGAGGAUGCACGGCCUGAAUGACGCCCUGGACAACCUGCGCAGGGUCAUGCCCUGCUACUCCAAAACGCAGAAGCUCUCCAAGAUCGAGACGCUGCGGCUGGCCAGGAACUACAUCUGGGCCCUGUCCGAGGUGCUGGAGACCGGGCAGACGCCCGAGGGGAAGAGCUUCGUGGAGAUGCUGUGCAAGGGGCUGUCGCAGCCCACCAGCAACUUGGUGGCCGGCUGCCUGCAGCUGGGCCCGCAGCCGCUGUUCCUGGAGAAGCGCGAGGAGAAGCCCUGCGAGCCGGGCCUGGCCGGCCACUCCUUCGGCUACCAGGGGCUGCCCAGCCCUCCCUACGGCUCCAUGGAGUCCCACCUGCUGCACCUGAAGCCGCCGGCCUUCAAGAGCCUGGUGGAGGCUUCCUUCGGGAGCCACCCCUCUGACUGCUCCACGCCUCCCUACGAGGGGCCCCUGACGCCGCCCCUGAGCAUCAGCGGCAACUUCUCCCUGAAGCAGGACGGCUCCCCCGAGCUGGACAAGUCCUACCCCUUCAUGGCCCACUACCCCUCAGUCGGCCUGGCCGCGGCCCACGGGCACGGCUCGCACUUCCAGGGCUCCGUGCCCCGAUACGAGAUCCCGCUGGACGUCACCUUCGAGUCCUUCCCGCCCCACGUGGCCGGGGCCCAGCUCGGCGCCAUCUUCAACGAGUAGCGGGGCUGGACGUGGGUUUGGGGCAGGGAGAUGGCCCCAGGAUGGACCCAGCAUCUCUGCAGGACGUGGCCCUGAGGUGGCCGGUGCCACCGCCGCUGUCCCAGCUGUCGCCAGGAGCCACAGGAACUGCUCUGG